GCGCGGAAUGUUACAGACGUGGAAUGUCAACAGAAAACAGGUUGUAAGAAUUACGUCAGGUAACUGUGCACCAACAUCACCAUGUGCAAGAUGUGUGGCAAUGUGCGUGAUGCCCAAGUACAAACCCACGGCUGAUCAUCUGUUGGUAAACAUAAAAGUCGCAUAGUUGAUUAUGUUUUAUAAUUCACCGAAUUUGGUACAUUUAGUUGCCUAUAUUUUAUUUGGUAACCUCAAUGUAAUUCAGUCUUUUAAAAGCGGGAAACCGUGAAGCGCACUUCUGAAAUUAGUUUUUGUGAACAACUGCACUGUGAAAAGAUAAAAAAUGAGUCUGUGGUUAGAUAAGUACCGUCCCACUGAUCUAUCAAAGUUACAUUAUCAUCAUGAACAAGCCGAAAAUCUUCGCAAUUUGACAAAACAAGGAGAUUUUCCACAUUUAUUAGUUUAUGGCCCCGCCGGUGCCGGUAAGAAAACGCGUAUUAUGUGCCUCCUGAAAGAGCUCUACGGUCCCGGUGUCGAGAAACUACGCAUCGUCAAAAUGAACUUUACCACCGCCUCUAAUAAAAAACUUGAAGUAUCCACCCUGAGCAGCAAUUAUCACAUUGAAGUAAACCCUUCUGAUGUGGGCAUUUACGACCGGAUUGUAGUGAUGGAACUCAUUAAAAACGUCGCACAAUCACAUCAGUUGGACGUGAAUGGUCAACGUGAGUUUAAAGUCAUUGUCCUUACUGGCGUUGAUGAGUUGACAAAAGAUGCACAGCAUGCUUUGAGAAGAACCAUGGAAAAGUACAUCACCCACUGCAGGCUAAUUUUGUGUGCAAACUCAACUUCAUUGGUAACACCAGCAAUUAAGUCUAGAUGUUUGAGCAUUCGCGUUCCUGCCCCCACCGCGGCAGAAAUUAUUAAUGUCUUGCAGAUUGUUGCAAAGAAAGAAAAGUACAAUCCACCUGAGGAAAUGCUUCAGACAAUUUCACAAAAGUGUGACAGGAAUUUACGGCGCGCUCUUCUGAUGCUCCAGGCAGCUAGCCAAGACCCAAAGUCACAGAUUAGAGAACCUGAUUGGAUGCUGCACAUUCAACAUGUAGCUGAUGAGAUAUUAACACAGCAGAGCAUUCAAAAGAUUGCCAAUGUCAGGAACAUGCUAUAUGAAUUAAUAAUUCACAAUAUUCCGACAAAUAUCAUUUUCAAAACAUUGUUGGAUAAACUUUUGGCAAAGUGUGAUAUUUCACUGCAUGAGAAAGUGGUGGGUCUGGCAGCCGAAUAUGAACAUCGCUUGCAUCACGGUAACAAAAAAAUCUUCCACUUGGAAGCAUUUGUUGCUAACUUUAUGUAUAUCUAUAAGGAAUUUUUAGAGGACGCUUUGGACGCACUAAUGUAAUCUCAUUACUUUUUUCAAUAAAUAUUUAUAUACUUUCCAAAAA